AUGGAGGUGUGCUGCUUAAAAAUGGCUUCCAGAUGCAGGCCAACGCGACCUAUAAAGGACAUAACGCAGCUUUCUUCGGCUGGCUCUUCGCACGACUGCGGGGCACUGUCCCGGGUAGUAAUGGUCAGAAAAACGGACCAGCGCGUCAUCAAUCACAAGGGUAGUCAAAAGGAUCCACUAUGCGAGGUGAUUACGAUGGAAACGAUACAAACGUAUAAGGGCCACAAACCGGACCGGACGGUGGUGUUUAAGGAGAAGUUCGAUCUCAGCGGUAAUGACAUGUCACGCUCAUUUUCGACUGGGAAACUCUCCAUCGGUUCUCCACGGCUCUCAAUCUCUCCACUGCGAACAAUCCUUACGACGAGUGCCGAGUUGGAAAAGAAUCGCUCUAAAAGCGAUCGGAACAACAAUACAUCACUGGAUAGUAAAGCAUCAUCUAGCGACUCUAAACGGCUGAAUAGCCAGAGUGUGGUUGGGUCGCUCCGUCCAAAGUCACUGGACCGGAGCAACAAUAAUGCGAGUCCACUGCUGCGACACUCCAAAAGUCCUUCAAAGGUCCUCUCGACCAGCAGCUUGCGGCCGAGUUACGGAGGUUCACAGUCGUCGCUACGUGGCAGCACUCCUUCUUUAUACACUGAGUUUGAACGCGAGUGUCUGAAGGCUCAUAACGAGUACCGGGCACGGCAUGGAGUACUGCCGCUAAAGCUAAGCAAGCGGUUGUGUCGGUUUGCGGAAGAGUGGGCUAAGGUGAUAGCAGCUCGGGGUGUGUUGGUGCAUCGGAGCAAUUCAGCGUAUGGGGAGAACAUCUUCUGUUCGUGGAGCUCCUCCAUCACGGCUGGUUCCAGUAUGAUCGUGAGUGGACGGGAACCGGUCGAGAACUGGUACAGCGAGAUCGACCUGCACGUGUUUGGGAAGGAGCCAGCAACACUGAAGACGGGACAUUUCUCGCAGGUCGUGUGGAAAGAUAGCCGUGAGCUUGGCGUUGGGUUGGCAAGAAAUCGCUCUGGACAAGUGUUUGUGGUGGCUAAUUAUGAUCCACCGGGAAACUAUAUUGGCAGUUUCGCAAAAAACGUCCCACCCGUGGGGGGUUUUGAAAUACCCAAGAUUGUUAUUGACAAACCGUCAGUUCUUAAGCAAACGCCUGAGGGCGAACGAAUCAGAAAUACGACGGUCUCGUCGUUGCGACGGCCUGGGUUCGAAAAACCCGAAAAACAUGUCCGUAUCGUGGAUGAAAAUGACCAGGAGCAGUUCAAUGAGUUUGCGGUGGCAAUGCUCAAGCAUCACAACGAAUACCGGAGGCGCCAUGGUGCGAUGGAUUUAGUCCUUGACAAGGAGCUAGUUCGAGAUGCACAACAAUGGUCUGAAAUUUUGGCUCGAGAUGAUCGUUUCACCUAUCGACAGAACUCCAAAUACGGCGAAAAUCUCUACUGUCUAUGGUCCUCGGAUAGGAACGCUCGUCCAAACGCUCGGGACGUCUGUCGGUCGUGGUAUGAGGAGGUCAAACAGUACGCUUUCACGGUGGAACCGCGAACGGCCAUUAAGGGUGGUCAGUUCACGCAGAUGGUGUGGAAGGGAACGAAAGAGUUGGGGGUUGGUAUGGGUCAAACACGCACUGGUAAGGUGAUUGUGGUUUGUACGUAUUAUCCGCGAGGAAACAUAUUAGGACAGUUUUUGGUCAACGUUAGCCGGGUACGUUAA